UCAUUUCUGUCACAUCCAUAAGCGAGUGAAGACCGUUACCGUUGAACGCGCGGGAAUUAGCUUAAAGUCAAUAAAAUUUUGAUAUAAAAAUUCCAUUAAAAUAUUAAAAUUAUCGUCGUCAUCAACCUGCAAAAAAUUACGCAUUCAAACUUCUUCAAUCUAAAUAGAUUUAUUAAAACAAAAAUCAAGGAAAGAAGACACUUAAAAUUAUUGAGAUAAAAAAAGAGAAAGAAAGUGAAACUUCAGCCUUUAUUUUCCUUGUUGGAGUUCAAUAAAUUGUAAUUGACCUGAAGAGAAUUGUACGCAACUUGCAUGAACUUUUGAAAAUCUUUCAUCAUUCAAUAAAGAAGAAGGGAACAAGAAUAAGUCACACAAAAACACAUCUUAUGUGUUAAGCAAAGACAAAUAAAAAAGAAAAAAAAAGUUUGUGAUAAAAAAAUAGUUGUCAACAGCUAAAAGAAUAAAAAUAUUUUCCAUCGACUGAUAUUGCCAAUUUAAGAAAAAGAAGUCAUAAAAAGUCUCAAGAUGAAGGUCAAUGUAUUCGGAAUGUUUGUAAAUUUGGCGCUGAUCUGUGCAGUUUCCAGUGUUGUUUUCUUAUCAGUCAAAGCAAUUCCAUUAUCAGACGAACAAAAGUCAAGUGAAAUCGCGGUAACAACAUCAGGGACAGCGACAGGAAGGUCUGACGAAGUUUCUUCUCAGGAGACAAUUAAACUUGACGACUCCCAAAAUGCAUCAGUUGAAGGAACAGAUGCUACUGACACUCUUCCUCCGCUCUUGUUUCCAGUAGAUGAAGAGAAAAACUUACCGAAGAACGAAACAGCAUUAAAGAUUCUUCAAGGCGUUCUUAGUCAAGAUUCUAAUCCAGUUGAAGAACCAAAUUUAUCGGAAUCAUCUACAACUGUCGUCAGCACAACAUUGGCUGUUUUAACAUCGACCACGACAUCAACCACAACAUCGACCACGACAUCUCCAACAACAACAGUCGCUGCUGAAAAUUCUACCACUGAAAUAAGCGAAGACGAUUACGACAACAUCGAAAACGAAGGCGAGAAAUCCGAUGCUGAAAACAUUCAAGAGAUUAAUGACGAACAGAAAGAAUAUGACUUGGAAGAAGAAUUUGCUCGGAACGGAUCAGAAAAAGCAACAAUAAAAGUUUUCGAUGAUCAUGUUGUUAAUGAGCCGACCUUGCACGGCGGACACAUCGCAAUGAUUUUUGCAUCGGUUCUGGUUGUUUUUUCAGUAGUCGCUUAUAUUGGACUAAUUUUAUGGCGCAGCACACUUGAAAGACGGUACGGUAUGCGACAACGCCUCGUAACAGAAGAUGAUUACUAUAAUAACAAUGACGUCAGAUAUUUUGGUCUUUAAAUGCUUCAGCCAAUGAUUCUGUAGUGCCAUCUUUCAUUCCUUAUAAAUCUUUCUUCGCUACCAAGGAAAUUUAAAUAUAUUGUACAAAUUGUGAAAACCCCGCGAUUCCUCGUCUUCGUUCGUUUCUGCGACUGUGAUAAAAAAUAAAUAAUCUAAAGCUGAUAAAAACAAUGAUAAAGAAACAAGAUCGAGAUUCGACGAAAUUCUCUCGCUUUGAGGAAAGAAUAAGCAAAUCAUUUUAAAUAAAGUUGUUAAAAAUUACAGAAAAUUUUCUUAUUUUCCCGACUUUUCUUCUUUCAGGAAUCAAACAAAUUCGUUUCGAUCUUCACUCGCC